UGCUUACGGUUGAGCAGUACUCUUUAAGAUACGUUACAGAGUGUAUAUGGCUAUUGUUUAUAUAUAAAAUUUACGUAUUCGUCUACGUUUAGACCGUUGUCAUCAUAAAUGUACGACGGGUACGUACUCCGCCUACAAUUCGAAAUCGGAUUGGGUUGAUAGUGUUUUGCAGUCCAAAGAAAAAAUAUAAACUGUGAGGUUAACGAUGAUGUGUUUAAAUUUUCGUAUAAUCUGUGAUAAAUAAGUGACUCGUGAUAUAAAUAUUUUUUUAAAUAAAAUAAAAAUAGUGAAUAUGAUGCCUCCAACCAAGAAAAAUGGUAGAAAGCGAGUUAAAAAAACAAACGUAAAACGUUGCUAUUGCGAGGGACACUGUCCCGACAAUCAGUAUAACGGUACUUGCGAAAUUCGAACUGGUGGAGUAUGUUUUACAUCAGUCGAAGCCGUUUACGAUGACAGUCAGGAUAAAGACGUCCCCCUAUACACCUACGGGUGUCUUCCCGACGACGAACGGGGGCUGAUGCAGUGUAAAGGUCAUUUGGUGCCGCACGAGCAAAGCAAAUCGAUCCAGUGUUGCAACGACAAGGAUCUUUGUAAUCUUUCAUUAAGACCAACUUAUCCGGAAAGACCGACCACCGAAACCCCUGGAUUCGGUCCUGCUGACAGUUUACCCUUUACAGUUCUACUCACAACUGUCACUUUUUGUCUAACUCUAGUCCUACUCGUUGUUGCCAUUGUGUUCAUAAAGAAUAGGAGGAAGGAGAUGCAGAGGAAGUUCGGGUUGUACGGAAAAGGAUAUUCCGAUGAAAAAUAUCCACAAAUGGAGGUACACGGUCCCUUGGUGAGUUUAAUCGAACAAUCCAGCGGUUCAGGUUCUGGCCUCCCCAUAUUAGUACAAAGAACCAUUUCCAAACAAAUCCAAAUGGUCCAUUCGGUAGGUAAAGGUCGAUAUGGAGAAGUCUGGUUAGCAAAAUGGAGAGGAACCAAAGUGGCCGUCAAAGUGUUCUUCACCACAGAAGAACAAAGUUGGUUCAGGGAAACCGAAAUCUACCAAACUGUACUGAUGAGACACGAAAAUCUACUCGGAUUCAUAGCGGCGGAUAUAAAAGGAACGGGUAGUUGGACUCAAAUGCUACUGAUAACGGAUUACCACGAAUUCGGGAGCCUGUACGAUUAUUUACAAGACCAUUGUUUGGAUCCCACCAGUCUUCUAUUAAUGGCGCAGAGUAUAGCUUCCGGUCUAUCCCAUCUCCACAUCGAGAUAUUCGGCACGAAGGGCAAACCCGCGAUAGCUCAUCGGGAUAUUAAGAGCAAAAACAUCCUGGUGAAGAGGAACGGCGAAUGUUGCAUAGCAGAUUUCGGAUUGGCCGUCAAAUAUCUGUCGGACACUAAAGUGAGUGAUCAAAAAAUUAUAUUCGACCCACCCUGUACGAUUAUUUUUCAGGAAAUCGACGUUCCCCCCAACGUCAGAUCGGGAACUAGGAGAUACAUGGCGCCGGAGCUGCUGGAUAAAUCGAUGAACGUUCAUAAUUUCGAAGCGCACAAAAUGGCCGAUAUGUACGCUUUCGCUUUGGUCAUGUGGGAGAUGAGCAGGAGAUGUGUCACCGGGGAUAAACUAAAAGUGGCGGACGAAUAUGCCGUCCCUUAUUACGAUUGCGUUCCUUCAGAUCCAUCUUUCGAAGACAUGCAGCAAGUGGUUUGCGCGAAGAAGAUCAGACCCCAGAUACCUUCGAGAUGGGAUAGCGAAGAGGUGCUACAGUGUUUGUCGAAAGUGAUGCAAGAAUGUUGGCAUACUAAUCCUGAUGUACGGUUAACGGCUUUAAGGGUGAAAAAGACUUUAUCCAAAUUGGAUACCGAUACGACAAUUAAAAUUGUGUAGUUUUUAUUGGGGUUGUUAGUAAUUGAGUGUUAGCGUUAUUCCGAUGGAUUUGGGGUGAUUCGACGUGAAAUUAUCGAAGAAUUUUGGAUAUCGAAGGUACAGUACAUUUGAACUACUUUUCGCAAUUUUCUUGUUUGAAAGCUAAAUUUUCACCAAAAUCAGUAAAUUAUUUUCCUAAAUCGUUUAUUCGUAUAAGUUACAAGUUUGUAUUCUACAUUUCGAAAUUAUUUCAAAAUAUACAGGGUUUUUUUUGCUAUAUUGAUGUUAUAUUUUUUUAUUAUUAUUUUUUAAAUAAAACUUUUAGUUUAAUACGUCAAAAUUGAAAUUUGAAAUCUUCUUAAUAACGAUGAAAAAAUUGUAAUAUGUUAUACUGGGUGUUUAUAGAGUUUUAAUCAAUUGUUGAACGCCCGGAAUAAUUGAAAAAGAAGAAUUUAAUGCCGUCAAAUCUUUCUAUUGAAUAUCUAAAUUCAUUUAAAAUUUCGAUAACCUCAAUUUUUAUUAAAUCUUAUACAGGAUGAGGCAAAAUACAAAACUACACAACUACAUUUUAUAGUUGUAAUAAAAAAUUGAAGGAAAUUUCAAAUUUGAUAUAAAACACCAAUAUCAAAAUAAAAAUAACUUCGAAAUGGCAAAAAAUUAUGUAAGACUCUGUAUAUAAUAAUUUUUUAUAUAUGUUAAACCUAAUUUCACAAAAUUUGAUGAUUCCGUAAAUUCAAUUAAAAUUCAAAUAAAACUGUUAAUAGGAGUAGUUCAAAUGUACCAACACACCUUGUUAUCAGGAUACAGUAUAACAAACGGCAUCUAUAACGCCCUAGGGAUUAAGGGAUUAAAUAAUGUUUAGUUUUUUUUGGAAAAUUCGUUUUCACUUCAUUUUCAGAUUGGAGAUCUAUAAUCUCUGUUUAAGGUUGAUUCGUGUAUCCGCCAUUUCAUCGAAAGCUUUAAAACCGUACAAACCGGAUGCGCGGAUCGGUCGUUUUGUAAAUAACUAAUUAUUAAGUUGUAAAUAUUGUUUAUUCGUUAAAAUUUAACUAUUACAUUAUAUAUAUAUAUAUAUAUAUAUAUAUAUAUAUAUAUAUAUAUAUAUAUAUAUAUAUAUAUAUUCACCGAGGAGUCCAGUUGACAACCGGUAACUCGAAAAUAUGCAAAAGAAUAGUUUCAAAUGAACUACCUUACAUGUAUGUAAUGUUCGAAUGUGAUUAUCGAUGAUAGGGGGUGGCAAAAAUUGUUUUUUUCCCUAUUUUUUUAUAUUCGAUAUAUAGUGUGGUGAUAAAAUAACAAUGUUAUUGGUUGAAAUUUUAAAGUAUUUUUCUUUUUUGGAAUAAUAUAAGACAUCUUCUUUUUUUAGGACAUUUCAAAAUACAAAUUCAGAUUGUUUUUUAAAUUGGAUUAAGUAGAGUAAUUCAAAUGUACCUGCAUGGAUUUUUUUCAAUAAUGCUGUGAUUUUCGCGUUGGAUUGGAUAAACAAUAGUUCGAAUGUUUCGAAUAUCAUAUUUUUCAUUUUUAUUCGUCUAAUUUUUCAAAAAUAAUUUAUUUUAAUAUAAAUAAAAUUUGGUGUAAAAUUAUGAUUCUAAAUGAAAUCGCAGCAGUCGUACGAUAUUUCUAAUCUAAUAGUCGUUCUAUCAUUUUUGACAACAAAGUAGUUCCAAUGUACCUAUCAAGAUUUUUAUCAAUAACGCUGCCGGAAGUGUUAUUUUCUCGUUUAAAUAGUUAAAAAGUAGUACAAAUGUAUCGAAUAUCGUAAGUUUGGCCCAUUCUUCAAAAACAAUUCGAAAGUUUGCAUAAAAUGAAAUAAAGGCAGUUGUAGGAUACUUUACUCUUCCAAUAGUCGUUCUAUCGUUUUGACAACAAAGUAGUUCAAAUGUCCUCAUUUUUUCAAAUAAUUCCAUAUUUUGACACCAACUAAAAUAAUAUACUAUCAAAUUGAAUACAGAGUGGUGAAAAAAAAGACACUUCACAAUUUUAUCAGUUUCUGGAGGGAAUUAUAUAUUCCAAAUGCCUAUUAGGCAUAAUGACCUAUUUUUCAUGUACAAUGUGUUUUAAGACAUAUUCUUGAAAGUUUUAUUCUUAUUUUUGGUAAUUUAAUGGUUUCUUUUUGGUGUGAAGAAGCCAUCUUAUUUUUUCGAGUACAAUCGUAGUUCUCCAAUCUGAGUAGUUUAAAUGGAUAAACAGUAGCUCAAACGUAUCAAAUAACACAUUCAUCAAAUCAAUUGAUCAACUUUUCGGAAAUACUCGAGAAAUUUGGUUAUUGAUUUUGGGGACAGUUAUUUUAUAAUCACACGUCGUUUAUAUUAAAAAUAGAUAAAGUAUACAGUAUAAUCGUUUAGUUUAGUUUUAAGCUUAAAUAUGUACAAAGUAACUGUUAAGUAUUUAUUCAUAGUUGCCAUAUUGGAAACCUAGCAUGUUAGUCUUAAGUAAAUGUGCCAUGUAUCAAUGUUUUCGAGUUACCGUGCUGGUGUUGUACGUCUACGACAAUCGUAAACUUUCUGAUUUUUCUUUCUUGUCUACACUCGUUAUGAAAAAAUGAUAAAAAAAAGCACCUUGCCCAUGUUUGUAAAAAGAACUGCUCAAGUACCAAGUGCAAUUCGAUCCCCAUGGGUUACUAUGGCGACCAAACUGGUUUUGUAUACAAAAAAAAAAUGUUUAUUCAUCCCGAAAAUAUGAGUUUACAAAACGGAAGAACAAUUUAUUCAAAAUUACACUUAAUUUUUCCUAGAGUGAAAAUAGAAAAACGAAAAUUUUUAAUUUAUCAAUCUGUAUUUUCUAUAGACUUGUUGUUUUUCAAUUUUCGGUAGAAAAAAGUAGUUUUCAGUUUUAAUCGAUUCUAUAGACUGCUUCUCGCGUCAAAUGGGCAAAAAGUAGUUCAAAUGUAUUAUCGAAAGUUUUUGAAAUCUGAUUUUAAUACUACAUCAUCGACAUUCUUUUAUAAAUUUUUUUAGUAACAAAAUAGUUCAAAUAUACCUAUACAUAUUUUUACCGAAAUCGCUGUUGUGUUCUUGCUUUAACUGACCUGAAAGUAGUUCGAAUGUACAAAACAAAUCAAAAAUCGACGUGGCUCUACUUCUGAAAGACAAUUAAGUAGUUCAUAUGUACUGACGCAGGUUUCUUCUACUAACGCUGUUGAUUGUAUAAUUCUGGCGUCUAAUAGAUAAAAAGUAGUUCAAAUGUAUUAGCUAACUUAUCUAUUAAUUCUAUUUGACGAAUUUUUUGAAAUUUGGGAUUCAAUAUAGAAUCGAAGUUUUUGUAUUACAUUUGACACAAUCUACAUCGAUUAUUGACAGCAAAGUAGUUCAAAUGUUUUUAUUUAUCAAGUAAUUUAAUCGGGCGAAAAAGUAGUAGAACAUUUUUUUGAUUUACAUUUUCUCUUUUCAAACAAAAAGUAGUUCAAGUGUCCCUUUUUUGGUUUUCCAGUCUUUGUUACUCAAUAAAGUAUUGAGUUUGUUAAAAUUUUGCAUGAUAAACAUUUUUUUUCCAAUACAAAAAUUCUGUGUCAUAUUUUGUUUUAUUUUUGUUGUAAUGUUGGUAGUUAUCCAUUUUUUUUUCGUAUAUUUCAAGUAGGCCGUGUGACUGUCCCGAAUGUGCAUUUAUAUUUUUAUUUGUAAAUAAAUUAUUUGUUAUAAUGUUAAAUAGAAGAAUGUAUUUUUAUUAUUUCGUAUGUGCAGUAAAUUUAUUAUUAUUAUUAUUGCAAGACUGAUAUUUUGAAUGUUGCGAGUUUUUGUGUAAAAAAUAAAAAUUAUACUUUGAAAAA